AGAAAAUAAAAUAAAUGAGCAAUUGUUUCCUUUGUUUCUUUCUUGAGGAGGUGAUAUGAGAAUAUGGUUUUAACGGUUUGGUUUUGACCCGGUAGAGAGCAAACCAAUUAGAUAUUGGAAUUACAUUAAUUUAUUUAAUGAAAUUGAGGAAGUUGACGUUCACGCGCCACAUAUAUAAAGCUUCUGUUUAAUAUAGUGUAUUAGAAGAGUACUACAAGAUGAACAAAAGGUUUGGGGGGAAGAUACCGACCGGAACUCCGUCACUAGCGUUGUCAACUAUCGUCGUUGUAGCCUCACUUCUCGGUGGAGCCUCCAUCGUCCACAAUUUAUACAAACCAGAUCUUAGAUUACCUCAGAUGGAAAAUGAUGAACCAGACAAGAAGAAAGAAUCUGGAAACAAAGAUUAAAAAUCUUUUCUGAUUAGUUACAUUUCUUAAUCUCCUCUGGCUUCGAAUGUUGUGAACUUAAGACUCUCUGUAUGUGAUUUGCAACUUUCAUUUACGUGGCGAUUCCCAACA